AAAAAAUUUUGAUGAGACAGAAAUAGAACGCCAAAUGUGGUGAAGUUGAAAAUGAAUAGAAAUGAAGUGAGCCACUGUUUAUUUACAUUUUCCACUCAGCAAUGCCAUUCAGUGAUCUGUUCUAUAAAAAAUACUAUUACUUACCAUGAUGUGAAUAUCAUUUCCUGAAAAUUAUAGUUCUACUUUAUUGCUUUUUGAUAAAAGCUCAGAAAUGCUUCUCAAACACGCCGUCUUAGCUAGACCAGUAUUUUUACCGAUGCUUAAAAUUAUCACCCGAACUAACUUUAACAGAACAAAACACUCCGAAAGUUUUUUAAAUGAUAAAAAGACCAUUAAAAUAAACGAUAUCCUUUCAUCUUUUGGCUUUAAUUAUGGACAAGUGGCAUAUAUAUUGAAAUCGCCACAUUUAAUUCUUAGUUACGGUAAAGAAGAUCUUAUGUCGAACAUUCUGAGAUGGCAGAUGCUUCAAGUAGAUAAAAAAAAACUUUGCACUGCUCUUACAAGAUGCCCAGAACUUUUAACAUUAAAUCCUGCUUACAUAGACAGCAGAAUUAAAGAGCUAAUGACAAUAUUUACACAAAAGGAUAUUGAUAAACUAUUAGUAACAUGUCCAGAAAUAUUUUUAGAUGACUUUGAUGAUAUAAAAGAAAAAGUUGAAUACAUUGUAUAUUUUAUGGGUGUUGAGCAAAGUAGCAUUGUGAAAACAGAAGCCAUGCAAUUUGAUCUUGAUUAUAUUAAAAUCAGGCAUGAUUUUAUGUUGCGUACUGGGUUUUAUAGAAUGAAAAAGAGAGUUGUUCAAGCCAAGACUGCUCCUUUAAAUAAAAUAUUUAGUCGGAAUGUUCAAACUUUUCUAAAACUUUCUGGUUUGUCGAAAGAAGAAUUUGAUGCAUUUAGAAAUGCUUAUAAAUUUGAACAGCAGCAAAAGCAAUUGGAUGAAGAAGAUUCAGAUGAAGAUGUCUAAGUUUAAUGGGAUCCUUAUAUUCAUGUGAAGUUCUGUGUUACAUUUCAUGGACAGUAUUGAAUGCAAUAAAUUUAUAUAGAAAAUUA